AUGGCAUAUGAAGAGGCUCGCAAGCUCCGUCUUGAGGAGAAUCACAAGAGAUUUCAGGAUUUAGGAAUCGCCCAGAUUUCAAAGGCACUGACACAGAUCUCCACAAAAACGCCUAAGCAGCGUAUUACCAGACCCAGCUUUAAAACCAUCUCUGUUACUGAACCAAGACGCUCUUCCCGUGCUCGCACCAACAUUCCUUCCUAUCGCGAUGAUCUGGAUGUUGACAUUGGUCGUACAAGGAAAUCGCGGCAUAACUCGUCAUGGGCUAGCUACAUUGCUCGACCUCUACAUGAGUGCAAAUGUGCCUCUUACGAAGAAAGAGUUGGAGCACUUAAGGCUGCAGAGGAAUUCCAAAGCCGCCUCGAAUCUCAAAAUCCUUCCUUUGUGAAAUCUAUGGUUCGCUCUCACGUUUACAGUUGCUUUUGGCUGGGUCUUCCUUCAACAUUCUGUGUGGCACAUCUCCCUGAGAAAACUAUGGAUAUAGUGCUAGAGGAUGAAAAUGGCAAAGAGUAUGAAGCAGUCUACAUUGGGAAAAGAAGUGGGAUUAGCGGUGGUUGGAGAGGUUUUGCGCUCGAUCAUAAAUUAGACGAUGGUGAUGCUCUAAUCUUCCAUUUGGUUGAACCAAAUAGAUUCAAGGUCUACGUGUUUAGAGGAGAUGAGAAAGCAAAUGUUACAACCGCGGGAAAGAGACAAAGGGAAGAAGAUAAUGAUGUUGGAGAAUCAGGUGAUAAGGGAAGCACAAAGAGAUCAUCCGCAAGGUUACUAAGGAAGAAGAAAGCAUAA